AUGCCAGAAAGGGCCUACAACGACGAUUUCACUCUCAUCGAUACCAAUGGAAUCCACGAGAUCAGCCUUGAUUUCUGUGGCUGCUAUGAAUUUUAUCACGCUGUUGCACGACUCUCAGACAACACAGGACUUCACUCACAAAAGGAUUGUUAUGAAGCCUUUAUGCCGAUAGUGCGCAAGUGGCGACAUCUAAAAAUGCUCAAGCGGGCUGGCCGGGGAUAUGAUUCUGCUGGUGUGGAGGGUAUGGACUGGUGUUGGUUGUAUGGUCUCUUUCUAGCAAUUGAUGCGAACUUUCGCCUCAAAAGGCGCAUGGUUCUAAAGACAGCGUGGACCCUGGCCUCAGUCACGGAUGGGCUUAUUUCGUCGAGGAGACCGCUUACAAGGCAUAUCUACAAACCUACAGUGGCAACCCGCAGGAGAAAAGUACAUGUUCAUCCCAUAAUGCGGUUGAACAUGGCAGACACGAAGGUAUCUCAUGGUCUAGCUGCCACAGGAGUUGGGACCGUUGAUUGUGCACGACACAACAUGAAGUUGCCGAAUGGCGUUGGCGAUCUACAAAAAGGCGAAAGUGGCACAAGACCUAUGGCAGAGGAUGUCAACAUGCCACUCCUCCAUCUAGACCAUCUGGCGACAUUCUAUGUUGGACGCACUGAUGGCAAAGCCCUGAACGCGGAUGGUCAAAUAUCAACCCUGUGGCCUCUAGUACCAAGAAAUGGGGCCAGGCUCACGGCGAGAACACUCGACGACCAUUUUGGUGACUGGAACUGGAAGAAGGUUGUGGGACUUGCAUUCCAAGAACUUGAUGAGGCUCUGGCGCCAGAGACGACGGAGGCCUGGAAGGUUGAAAUCGAAUCCUGGGAGGAGAACCCAAACGAUUCAUCAGUCACAAAUCCUUGA